AUGCCACAACCACCCACCAUCUUCCCGAAACUUCAUGUUUCAGCUAGGCCACCGGAAUAUAUGUCCGCAUCCAGUACACCGGUAGCAUUCCCGAAGUUCGGGCCCUCGCAGCACGCCGCUGAUACACACCUGCAUCAGCAAAUAUUUCGGACGAGACGGAAACAUGUCCUUAAAGCCUGUGACCGCUGCAGGUGCGAUGGGAAUCAGCCAUGCUAUCGUUGUGCAUCCUAUAAUCAUCCUUGCCUCUUUCGUGAAAGAAAGGUCACCCAGACCAAGACCUACUCUCGAGGAUUUGUUGAGAUGCUCGAAUCCCAUCAUGCCUUGGUUGUUAAGGCAUUACAGAAGUUAUACACUCAUUGCAUCAACAACAAAUGUUUUCCCGGAGAACCAAUCGAUGUCGUUGAUGGCUAUCCCUUAACCCAUGCCAUCUUGGAUAGGCUCGGUUUAAUAAAAGAAGCAGAAGAAUCCACAUCUCAUAUACUGGAUGAAGACGCCAUCGAAGCAUCGCAAUAUUGGAGAUUCGAUCGCCGAUGUGCGGGCUCCGUUGAUUCGGAAGAUACUUCGUCUACACAAGCCAGCCCCAUUGAACGAUCCCCAGCCAGUGAGUCAACUUCAGGAUCUCCUCCUCCAAAGCCCAAUGGAAUAAAUCGUGAGCAAUCCUUUGCCGGUCUACAGGACGUUUACACUCCAUAUGGGCCGUUUCCCUGCACUAACGACCAGGUCUGGCCUGUGGCCACAACAUCUACACCAGCUCAAGUUGUGGACUUCACCAUUACGACCACAACGUCUGAAUUCCAAGCUGGAGCACGAUACCUAACCACUACCCCUACAAAUGGUGUUGGUCAGGAUACUUCAGCUCACGAUUCAACAGUCAAAGGUCCUUCCACAGUCCCAUCAGGUCAUAGCCCACAGUCAAUGUACCAUGGACCGUAUACUGGAUUAUCCAAUCUCUCUUAUCAACAUUCCGGUGACAAUCUUUCAAGUGCAGAGCAGUACACAUGGGCACCGAACCCUUGGAACAGGAUAAAGGAUAGCCAACAUCUCGAUUUACACUGCCCUUAA